UUAUGGCCUACCAUGUGACUGAGUUUUCUUCCUUUUGCAUUACAUGCACUUCCACCUUUCUUAAUAUCUAUCCAUUUAAACUCAACUCCAAUCUUCACCUUCACUCUUCCACUUACUCUUCUUCAUCCUCCUUGCCUUCUCCUCCUGCAGGCAGCUCAUGGUUAGCUAAACAUUGCCAAGUUACCCUGAUGGCCACACAGCACCACUACAUCUGGUUUUGUUGCUUCUCAAAACACCAAAGAAAUGGUUAUUACAGUUUUGCUUGUGCUAAGGUUCAUUGCUUGCUUAAUUGCAAUCACACAAUGCCACUGGUAAUAUUGCUCACACCACAAUGAAUCCAAAAGAUCAGUUUCACUCUCAAGAAAAUUGAUCAAACAAGAAAAUGAAAGGCUCUCGCUGAAAAUAAUGAAGAUUUUAAAAGCACAGUAUAUUUUGAUAUCCAAUGUGACUGAUCCUCUGCCUGACUGUGCAACCUCCACCAUGAGACUUAAUUACUUUAUGAUUAGUGCCUGACUUCUGCCCUCAACUCAUGACUUACUGGUAACUUGAAUCUGACCUCCAACCUCAUUACUAGACUUGUUUUCCUCCUGACUUCCAGAACUGUGUAGCAUGUUGACGUUUUGUACAUACUUGACUUGCAUGACUGUGUUGUAUGUUUGUGACUGAUGACCUGUAUUUUUUCGACUGUAUGACAAAUUAGGUCUUUUAUUUGUAAAAACAUGAAUAUUGUACAAUUCAUUUCUUUUCUUUUAUCUUGGAGAUUUUUUUUUUUUUUUUUUUUUUUUUUUUUUUUUUGUAGACUUUAUUUUGAAAUGAGAACUUUAGGAAAGCAAGUUGCCAGCGUGAUAGACUUCUAUAGUUUUCAUCAUUUUAAAAUUUCUUAUAUUUAUAGUUUUCUGUGAUAUCUAAUCCAAUACCCUCUCACUCUACCAAACUGUUGCCACCCAUUGGUAAUUGUGAAGAUUUAUUUAGUAUAUUUCAUGAUGCCCUGAAUCACACUUUCUAUUGUCUUCAACUGAGCUCAUUUGAGUCAGUUUCCAGACUACAGUUCUUGAUGGUGUGUUGUGAGGAAAGUGUGUUUUCCUUGUAUUCCUCAUCCUUACCUGCCUACAUGUUUGCUCCACAAAUAAGCAAGAUGUGAAAAUACUUCUCUGUGGGAGUAAAUAAUUCAGUAUUGGUGAGUAGCUAUGUCCAACACACAAUGCGUGGAACUCUUGCACUCCUGUCAGAUUUCCAGUUAAUUUGGUCUUGAAAUGUAAGUUUCCUUCAUAGGACUGUCCAUUGUUUCUUGAACAUAUUUUCUUGUACUAUAGGAAGCCAGAUAUUAGCAGCCUUAGAAUAAUAGAUAAUUUAUUAAUAUAUUUUUGUAAUGAUUUUAUUUCUAGGAUCACUUUUGCUUGUAAUUUUGCAUCAUUAUAUACAUAAACACAAUAACCCUCACAAAAGUUAGUAGUUAUAUUCAGCAGAAGACUGUAAGUAACUGACCACAAGCAGAUAUGAGACUGUUUGUCCUAGACCAGGUGACACCAGACCCCACUCUCCUGACCUUUGCAGACUAUGACUACUAUGACUACUAUGAUGGACUUGGCUCAUAUUUCGACUCCAACAAGAUCCCUGGGGAGGUGCCAGGGGGUGCCAAGGCUUCCCCAACCACAGAUUCAGCUGAGGAAGCAUUCCCCAACUUGCCAGAUUAUCAAGGUGAUUUUGAUAAUUUCCCAUUCCAUCUGGGACCUGCUGCUGCAAGUCCGCUCUCCCCAACAUUGCCCCCGAGCCUCGGGUCAACACAGGCAGUUCCUCUUGGGGCUCCAGGAUUCACGUUCCCCAAACUUCCAAACCUAAAGAGCUCCACUGGGUUUGUAAAUGUUUCAGCUUUUGACAACUUAGAUAGUAGCAGUUUCGGUAAGAAAGAGGAGUUUCCCUCGCGUCUCCAAAAUCAUUAUGCAUUUUCUCCUCCACCCUCCCUUGUUACUUUUGCCUCUGAUAAAGAAACCACUCCUCUAAAGACCAACACCGUGUCUUCCUUCCUAUCCACAUACCAAGGCCAUCCCUCCACUCCCACUCUGAAGGACACAUCGAGAAGUACACCACAGGAAAAAAGGACUCGUGUCUCUAUCUUGACAUCAUCCACUCAAAAUCGUCCUGUCUCCACUCUCCCAUCAUCCACAGCAACACUUAGUCACCCUACACAUUCACCUAAUAAGCCUCCACUCUCCACUCAAGCCUCUACUAGGAACACUCGUCCAUCACAUGCGUCUACAUCCUCACAUUCAACAAGUACCUCUUUCACUUCCUCAAGUACCUCACUUAAAUCACAGCACUACACAACAAAGCUCUCCUCCACACUACACACAUCAGUCCCAACUAGUACUUCCCAUAGACCCACCAGACCGGUGUUCCAUUCCCUCACUCCUUUCCCACACCCCCAAAAGUCCACCUUAGCAAUUCCUACACCAACAAGACACCCAAACCAUCGGUCUGAACAUCAUCAACCUGAGGUCAUAACAGCCCCCUCACUUCCACCUCUCCCUGGCCAGGCCUCCCUACAGGUACAGCAACACUUCCACACACCACCUCCAAGAAGGGACCCCCCACUGCCCUGGACCACACACUCCCCACCAUCCACCAGCCUGUCUGACACCUUUGCACAAAACUUUGGCUUUGAUCCUGAGUCUGUGGUGUACGAGUCUGAUUUCCAACCUGUCAAGAAACAUCCGCCAGGCCCUGUGCUGGCCUUCGAAGUGUCCCCCUCUAGCUCAAGGCCUCUCAAUGGGCCACUGCCCCCUCACCCCCCACGCUUCCACCACCAAGUGCCACAGGGACCCAGAACUGCAACCAACUUAGGGUUCACAAAUAGACAGGUUAAAAUUGAUGGUGCAGAGGAGUCAGAUGAGGAAGUUGAAGUCAAGGCUCCUGCAGGUGGUGCCCCCAAUCCAAUUUACCACCAUACAGUAGCCUUCAGCGAGAGCCAUGCGCCCCUGCCACUGCCCAUCCCCAUGGCCCCUGUGCUGCCGCUGCUGGGUGGUGCUGCCUCUAACAUGCCGCUAAAACCUGCCAGAUCUUCUAAAACACCCCGUCACAGGCCCCGCACCCGGCCACGACCCAGGCCCCGCCCCCAGCACCGCCCCAACAUGGGACUGGCUGGCCCUAUAGGGAGUGUGAGUCGUCUGGGGCGGCCCCAGCCCCCUCCGCGGCGGCUGGUGGCGUCCUUGAUCCCACUCCCUGAGGACCAUGCUGUGCUUGCUCCUCAGUUAGUGGGUCCUUCAGUGCUCCAGCCUGUGUUCCCUGCCCCUCCCCCUCCCCCAGGCCGAAUGGGGGAUCUGCUGCCUGCUGCGUCCUCUCCGAUCUACACAUCAGAUGGCCGCCCCCUUCCACCUGACUCCAUCCCAGGCCCCCCUCAGCUGUCCACUCCUCCACACCAAACCUCAGACUCCAUCACCGGCCGCCCACAGGUGGGGCCUUACCGUGGGGAGCCGCCACCACCUGUGCCAGCCAAUGUCCCCCACCUGGCACAGUUCUCCAAGCAGAGCCGCCCCACCAGCCAGCGCACUGCUGUACCCAUGCCACCUCUGCUGGGCACAACCUCCCAGCCUGCUGAGUACAGUCCAGCAGGCAGUGCACCCAGGCCUGUGGUUAUAGCUGCUCCCAAGGACAAAUUGACUGGCACUUUUGGUGUAACCUCUUCUGUGCCCAGUCCUGCCCCACCACCAGGCACUAAGAAGACUCAUCUCACCAUUCUGAAGGAUGUGUGGGCCAUUCUCACCCAGGAUCACCCAAGGGAUGAUGCCCAUCCAGCCCAUGCCCACCACCACCAACACCACCACCACCAACCCCACCUCUACACUAACCAGCACCUGGACGGCUUUGAGGGGGAGCCACGCCGCAGAAGAGAUGAGGGGGACUGAGAUCUGUCCUUCUUCACUUAUGCUUCCUGUCUCCCAGUAUGGUGCUUCGUUACAACUUUUUGCUGUAACAAAACUAAAUCAAUAACAGGAGUGAAUAUUUACAUGUCUGUCUCCUGCUUAGCCAAACACUGCAUCCUGUGUACUUAACUUAUUGUGGCAUUUUUAUUUGUCUUGCCUUAUCUUACAGGGAAACUUCAAUUCAACAGAAUGACUGUAAUAUAGAAAUAGUGUUAGAAUAAUUAAUAGAUAGUAGUGAUAGCUGCAGUAGUAGUUUUCAUAUUGAAGACUCCAUUACCAGAAACAUAAGUGUGCUCAAGAGUUUAGGGAUUUGAAAUAUUUAUAGAAGUGUUAAUUUAUUUAGUUAAUGCUCAUACAAACUGAACCAUUGACUUGGUGAGACCUAGAAAAGUUUCCUUUUCCCAAUAGGCGUUUACAAUAUUCAUAUUGCCCCCUAAAAUGUUUUCCUCUCAUUGUUUUUUCAAUGUUUUCAUUUUAUACCUUUGUAAGUCAAUAAACAGUUAUGUACCAAUAUAUUGUAUGUAAUAGCAGAUUUUACACUUUUGGGACGAUCAAAGUGUGUGAAGAAGUUCUUGAAGGUUGUGGAACUGUUAAGCAUAUUCAAAGAGUUGGUUAAAAUGACAAUGUAAAAUGGAAGGUGAGUCUGAGUCUUGAGCCCUGACAAGUGUGUACUGUUAGGGUUGUGCAUGCUGUUAUCUUUGUCUGAUCACCGGUAGAUUUGCACAGCACAAUGAAAGCAGCCUUGUGAUGGUGAAUACCAGAGGAGUAUUGUCAUAGUGAUGCCUUUAGUGGCUUGUGCUGAUCACUCUUACUUUUCACACCGUCACCCUGAGGAAGCUACACUCACCCACGAGCCUCAUAUAUAGUGCAAUAAAUCUUUGCUAACAUAA